CAAAAUGAAUUCCAAAAAUAAUAUAUUUGUUGCGUUAUUAAUUGUUUUAUUUUCAAUAAUUGUAGCUAACUGUCAACAACAACCUAAUCCAAAUAAUCAAGGAUAUCAAAUAUUAGAACGAGUCAUCGAGCAGGCUGUAGCAAAUGGUGUAUAUGAUGCAUUAAGCCCACAAAACAAUCGUAAUAAUGAUCAAUACAGAAACAAUGAUCAAUACAGAAACAAUGAUCAAUACAGAAAUAAUGAUCAGUAUAGAAAUAAUGACCAAUACAGAAAUAAUGAUCAGUAUAGAAAUAAUGGUCAAUACAGAAAUAAUGACCAAAAUAGAAAUGUCGAGGAUAGACCAGAUUACUUUGUGAAUGAUCAACGACAAAGAGGAAAUUAUGGUCGAGGAGAAGUACAACCAAUUAAUUCAGAACCAUUACCUAUACAAUCAACAUAUCCAUACGUACUCAACGUUGAACCCGUACCAAAUGGAAAUUAUCAAACUCGAGGGCCAAUAAUUCUUCGUGCCAACUAAAGAUUUUAAAAUUUAAUCCCAAUAAAAUAUUUAAAACGUCGACAAAUUUUUGUAAACUGUAUGUAACUUUUUAUUCGAAGCUUUUGUGUAAGUUAACUUUUACUAAUAAAUAUAUGAAGUAAAACUGUAAAAUA